AUGGAGGACAAACUGGAGAGCGACUUGCUGACGGUGUUCGCGCGGAGCGUGUCGAGCAACUUCGAGGACAUAAAGCAGAGCGAAGCGAAGAUCACGGCGCUGUACGAGGACCCCAACCGGGAGAACUACAUCCGGCUGCUCCUCAAGUUCGUCAUGUACCCAUACGAUGAAAAAAACGAAAAAAAAAAUCUCUACGAUGGAGUGCUAAACAGGAAUGUAAAAAUAGCAAUCAUGAUAAGUAUAAAAAACUUCGUAAAAAAAAGUGUUCACAGUAACUUAGAGAGUCUAGAACUCAGCCCCGACUUGAGCAUACAGAUUAAGCAUUUCUGCAUGCACUUCCUACUCGAUGUGAACAAUGAAGACAUACAAAGCUUGGACAAAUAUUUCUAUGAGAUUCUACUCUACCUAUUCAAGUUUAGCAUCUGUGACGAUUACGAUUAUCUGUUGUUUUAUUUAAUCACUCUUUACAUUAGCGAUGGUGGAGCAGACAGUGUGGUGCAACUACUACACAGUGAUGAGAGGAAAAAGGUGGACGAUACAGCUAAGAUCAUCGAUUGCAUCAUGCUUUACGUAAGGAAUAAGGAAAUAAUGGAGGAACUAACCCAGGAUAACUUCUUCGUUCAGUAUGGAAAAUUUUUAUCCAACUUGGAGGAAAUUAAAAAUGUCAUCUGCUGUCGCAAUAAGUCUCUUAACGAUGAUAUUGUAAACUACAUUAACAACACGAAGAGAGUGUACAAAACGAAUGACAGACACAGCUUGUUCCUGCUCAGUGAUUGUACUUUGUAUGGCUUACCCGGAGUUGGUGUGGCUAGUCUUUCUAACAUGGUUAGUGUAGUUAAUGUAGUUAGCGCGGUUAGUGUGGAUAAUGCUGUUAAUGCUGUUGCAGGAGGGAUGGGGAAUCCACAGUUUGACUUCCCAGGAAAGGGAACCAUUGCUAACGAUUACAACGGAAAUGUGAAACUCGUUCCACUUGCCACAGCCAUGGCACACUCCUCCCGUCAUCAUAUAAACACUACUCUCCUGAGAAAAAAAUUUAUCGCCAUGAAAAUAGUUAGAAAAAUUGUGAAGAAAUACAAAAAUAAUGAUUAUGUAUCCAAAUAUGAUUUGAAAAUAAUCCUCACACAUAUUGAAUUUCCUUUAACUCUUUACUUUGUCUAUCUUUAUGGAAAAUUUUCUGAGAGUAGUGGGUACCUUGCGGAGAAGCUAAACGUCUCAGGGGGGGGUCCCAACGCAUUACUUACAGCGUCCGGAGCAGAACUCAAACCCAGCGAAGUGUAUCUGCAGAUAAGUAACUGCUUCCUCGCCAUGAACUACCUCCUACAGAAUAUGCACGUAUACUUGAAGAUAUUUUAUGCCAUCAUCGGAGUGGAUCUGCCUGAAUAUUUUGAGGACAAUUUUGAGGUCCUUUUCAACAUUUUUAAUAAUAUGCUUCUCUACGAUGUUGGCAUGGUGGGGAAUUUCGUUCGCUACAUGGAGUUGCUCUACAGCGCGGGUGCUACGUCGUCCUACAGCGCAGGCGGGGCUUCUUCCUUCAAUGCGGCCGCUUCUUCCUUUAAUGCGGCCGCCCCCCCCUACAGUGCGGCCGCCAUUUCCACAACCGCGUCGCAGAGCCCCGCUGGCCAGUUCGCCCCCCCACAACUGAACCCACAAGAACUGUCCAAGCUGAACUCCAAAUUUUUGCAAAACGUUUUAAAAUGCAAAGUGAUGUUAGUAGAUGUAAUCAAAAUAAUUUCGGAGACGUAUCAGGAUGAAUCCAAAAAGUACAUCGUGAAGUUAGUGUUUUCUUUGACCCAAGUUCUUUACUCCGAAAGUGACAGGAAUUUGUUAUGUCACAAUUACAACUGCCUUGCAUCUACCAUCAAGCUCAUUCAUCACAUGAACUUGAAUAAAAAUGACUCGAACCCAUAUAAGGACAAACAGUUUCUACACAAAAUUAUCGAACGGGUUCUACAUCACAUCCGACUUAGACGAAUCGAUAUAGAGGAGAUCCUAGAUGCAGAUCUGGAAUACUUUAGGAACGACCUGAACAAGGUGAACUCCUUUUCCGUCAGAUCUGCGGCUACCUAUUUUUUGAAAACCCUCUGUGAUAACUACUUCGACGCUUGCUUCCCCAUGUUGGAGGUUAGAAUUUUUGCAAGGGACUCACUCAUGUUCUUUGGUCCUUCUGCCACUUCGUCCACUGAGAGAGCCGAUGCAGUAGGGGGAGGAGGUGUCUCUACAGGCGUUUCCAACACGACGCAGAUGCAACAGAACCAUUUUGGAAAUCUCCACAGAGCAAACUCAUCCGAGGAGAGUAACCUCCACCAUGUAGGGAUUGACAAGAAUGACCCCUUUUACGAGGCCUGCAAUUUGGAGUACAAAAUACAACUAAUCACCUGUCUUGGUCAGGUAAACUUGGCACAGAACUUUUAUGAACAGAACGUGCAACACAUUCUUAAAGAAUUCGUUAUGACGGCCAAGAUGAAGUACCCGGACGUGGACGCCCUUUGUUAUAGCAUCCACGAUUACGACUUUGCGAGUCGGCCAGGAACGAACUCCGCCAGCGGGGUGGGGCACGGCGCGGCAGGGCAUGGCGGGGCAGGCCACAGCGCGGCAGGCCACGGCGCAGGCGGCCACACCGGAGUGGUACACAGCGGGGCAGGCCACACCGCAGGCGGCCACAAAUCCGUUUGGAUCUGCAACGAAGACCUGUUCAGCAAAAAGAACACAAUUUAUCUGCUCUCCAUUUUGAAGUUCCUCCUCAAUAAUAGAAGCAUUUGCAUCGGACCCAACAACGCGUUAGAUGUGUUUACCUUCCUACACCACCUGCUGUUCACGGAUAAAGUAAUGAUAUACUGCUACGCGUGCCUUUGCAUGAAUCGAAUUCUGAAUCAGCAAAUCGGUAGUGACCUCGUGCAGGUAAUCUUCACCAAUUGUUUAUCGAAGACACUGACCAGAUUGUUGUUCCUGUUGAAAUAUCACGUACAUGUAAAGAUCCUAAAUGAAUAUAUCCUAAUUACCAUUAUGAGGAUAUUCCUUUUAUGUCCUGAGAAGCUAGCCAAUUUAUAUGUCCCCCUGUUACUUAUCCUAGACAAUACUAUCAAAAUAAUUAUUAACGAUUCACAUAACCCUCUCUUUAAUCAUUACCUCUUUGAGUUACUCACUAUAAUAAUCUCCUUAAUAUACAAAUCGAAAAAUGAAAAUAAUAUUCAUCAAGUAGAAGAUUUCUUAAUAUCAACUUUUUCUCAAAUUUUACAAAUGUAUGUACAUGAUUUCAUACCAUAUAUUUUUCAAAUAUUGUCUAUAAUUGUAGAUAAUACCUGCACUGUUCAGAAAAUUCAUGUGAAGAUUUUGAGUAACUUAUACGAGAUGGAUUUAUGGAAAAGUACUGUUGGUAAUGUAAAUGGGAUAAUAUGUGUUUUACGAAGUUUUUUUAAAAAGCAUCAUCUCUUUGAGGAGAUCAUUAAAACGAACAUGCAACAGCUUUUUAAUAUUUAUCAUUAUUGUUUGUCUAAUAAGAAGUUGUCUACAGAUUCGUUCCAAAUUAUUUUAAUUAUUUUUACUUAUCUUCCUGUGGAAUCAUAUAAGACUUUCUUGAAGCCUCUCUUCGUUUUACUGUUCACAUUUCUUCAGCAGUACAAGAAUGACAUUAUUAAGAUUAAGGUGGUUCAUGCGCUUUCUGUGUUGGUUCUCAAGACGGACGUUUCUCUUUUCGUCGACACGGUGGAGCAGAUACACGCGGGCCUCAUCUUCAACGUGCUGAAGAACCUUUACAUGCCCAUCCUGGACAAACUCAUCAACGUAAACGAGAAAAUUAUUAUCUUCCUGGCGUUGACCAAAAUCAUGAGUAAUGAAAAGAUCCGUGGAGAGCCCUUCGUCGUAGAUAUACUCAACCUCCUUAACCAAAAUAUCACCAAUAACGAACUCGUUUUGAAGAAGACCAAGGUGCAUCAUCAGGAGGUGCAGAAGGACGAGCUGGACAAAAACUUCGAAGUCACCUACGUCAAGCUGCAGAUGAUCAACAGCGACAACAUUAACGACACGGUCCUGCGCGACAUCAACAUCAACCUGGAACUGAAGCAAAAUUUGUACAACUCCGUGUUCAUGCAGAUCUGCCACACAAACGGGUUCAACAGCAUCCUGCAGCUGUUCUCCAGCUGA